GAUAAUUGUAAUUAGAGUUUGACAAUAUGGCUGCAUAUAUGUUCGGCAAAAAGUAUAACGUGAAAAUUUCUCCUACUUUUGGAAGUAUUUCAUAAUUAUUUUUAUUUUCGAAAAGUUUUAAUACACUAUUUAAGAUACAUGGCUACCAUGGGAAAAAGUGAUUUGUCCAGAAAGGACAUUGAAUCUGCAGAUAAGGAUGAAAAACAGACACUCCUGGAACAUGACAGUGAGCCCGAUGAGGAUAUGAUAUUUAACCGUCCGAGUACUUCAAAUGGAAUUGGCAAAAUCGAUGGGAAAAUGGAUAGUGUCAAAAUCCAAAUUGAUGAUGUGACAAAUGUGAUGCGAGACAAUGUAAUGAAAGUUAUGGAACGUGGAGAUAAGUUAGAGGAUUUACAAGAUGCAAGUGAUCGAUUGUCCAUGACUAGUAACCAAUUCAGAGAAGCAGCAAAUAAAGCUCAACGAAGGAUGUGGUUGCAGAACUUGAAAUCACGGAUUUUUAUCGUCAGCGUUAUCUUGACGAUUAUUUUCUUUAUCUUUGUUAUGGACAUCUUGGCGCUUUUCCUGGUUCUCAGAUAGCAAACGUCCUAUAGAAUGGUAUUUGAUUCCUCAAAUUGAAGUAUCUAUUAUUGUCAAGUAUUGGUGACCUUGAUACCUUCAAGAACGUGCAACCAGUCGAUGUCACAAGCACAGACCUUGUCUUUGUACCUUUAUUUCGUGGAGUAUUACAGCGAUGCUUUCCUAAAACUUGUCAACCGGUAUUUUCAUAGUAAAAUUUUGUUCUCACAUUUUAGUUUCUAUUUUGAAUGUUAAUAUUUCUAUAUCAAAAUAAUAUGAUUCGUUAGAGUAGCAAACUAACUCGAUAAUAUUAAUUUAUCAGAUAAUUAUACUUAUUUUAUGCAAUUUCUAAUAUAUCCGCAAUUUAUUAGCAAUACAAUAACCAUAUAACAACUAAACUAAACAAAAGAACUAUAAUUACUGACAAAGAAAUAUUUUUAAGUUAUUUCAAUUAAUUGAAACAUUUUUACGAUAAGUAACUUUAAUUCUGUAUAAGUAUUUGUAAAUGGUGCAAGGCAUUUAUAGAAUUUUACAAAAAGAAAAAAAAGUACAGUCACAAAUGGAACUAUCCAAUUUUUGAAAUUUGUAUACAAAUUUGCACCAAACAUAUUACGAAAGUAAAUUUAUUUUAUGUUUGCUCAUUAUUAAUAGCCGGUCCGCAUGAACCAUAAGGCUUACACCAAACAAUUCGCGCGAACUGAUGGUAACCAGUAGGAAAGCAUCUCUGGAGUAUUAUCUGAUCGCGAAGUGAUUUAAUUAUAAGCUUGUAUAAAUUUACAUAUAAAUAUAAAUAUAUUCUUUUACACACACAUUUGUUAUAUAAUAUUAAAUAUAUUUGUCGU